GCGAACAUGCUGUGGGCAACAUCUUUUCUGAAAGACGGAUAUUUAAGUAGAUGAACUUGUGAAUUUACAAAUGCAGUUAAAGUAGAGUAGGGUGGUACAGUAAAGCAGCAAAAGAGGAGCAUAAAACAAUUUUUCUGACCUGACUGACGUACAGGAGCCGUGGCGCAAAGAUGGUGCGAACUACUCUGCUUCUGCUUCUGCUCAGCAUCACGUCCUGUUGCGGUUUUGGCUUCAGGGGCUGCGCUCAAAAUAUGCCCAGGACAGAUAUCAUGUGGUGCUUCAACCAGAACAUUGUCAACCUCACGGCUGUCGUUAGCAUGAUACCAGAAAACACAACUACAAUUAACCUGUCCAAGAACAAGAUCCAGGUCAUCCCAGUUGGGUCAUUCAGCCGGGUGACCCGGCUGAAACACCUAGACCUGAGCCAGAAUAUGCUAGUUUCCCUAAAAGGUGGAGAACUGAGAGGUGCAAACCUCCUGGAAUUUCUCAACCUCACUUGCAACAACAUCUCACACAUCACCUCCAAUGCAUUUGAAGGACUCACCAUGCUACAAACACUCCUUCUGACCCACAAUGCACUUGCAAGUAGCCUACCAGCCAUCUUUGAUUUCCUCCCUGCGAUUUACCAAGUCAGUCUCUCUCUCAACUCACUCAAGUCUUUCAGCUGUGCAGACUCUGGAAGCUCCUCCACUCUUAAGCGUCUUGACCUUUGGGCAAAUAAGAUUCAGGCGUUAAAUGUGAGCUGUUACCCCGCCCUUGAGUACAUCAGACUCUCCAACAACACCAAACUGGAGCUGCAGGCUGAUGCUUUUGAUUUCAACCCAAGGCUGACGACGCUGAUUCUUCAGGGAGUUGAUGCAAAAUUGGUGCUGGGACUCUCUGCUCAGACAAAGAGGAAUCUCACUUGGGUGUCAUUCUCUCUGUUUGUAGAGAAAUCUCCGUCAAAUAUCUGUGGACUGCUGAGAGGAAUGGACAAGCUUGAGAAAGUAGAGGUUGAUUUGAAGGGAUCCAAGUUGCCUCAAGGAAACUUCAGUCUACUGGACUGUCCAACUCCACCAGGGGUUGUCCUUUUGGAUGCACAUUUUGGGAACGUAGCUCAACUGUCGCUGGGUAAAGGGAACACGCACAAUCUCAGUCUCAGCAACUGUGGCUUGAGGCAGAUAUCUCGCACGACGUUUGAGGGUUACCAGCAGCUGACAAGACUGGAGCUAAAUCAAAACAAUAUUGUCAUUGAGCCGGACACAUUUAAAGACCUGACUCAGCUCAUUUUUUUAAGCUUUGAAAGGAAUACAGUUCGUGACAUCAACCCCAAAUGGUUCGUCCCUCUGAAGAAGCUGACCGUCCUGUCAAUCGUAAAAAAUCAAAUCACAGAGCUGGCGCCAAAGGCCUUCAGUCACCUCGUCCAGCUCGAGCAGCUCUACCUGCAGUUCAAUCUGCUGAAAUACAUCACCAGGAAGCCUUUCAGUAAACUGCGGAGGCUAAAAAAACUCAACCUCAGCUUAAACAUCAUUGAUUUCAUUGAAGAAGGCACCUUCCAGGAUCUGACAAGUCUAAGAUACCUGGACCUAAGUGGGAACCGCAUCAAGAGACUGACACCAGCAAUUCUGUCUGGGCUUAGGAGUCUGACAGGUUUUGUUCUGUACAACAACCGCCUCCAUUUUAAAUCCUACGAAAGUCCUUUCAUCAACCUCUCUUCACUUAAGCAUAUUGACAUGAAUUACCAGGGGCCCGGAGGUCAAGGCAUCGGAGACAUCGGGCCUCAUUUCUUCCAAGGUCUCCAUCGACUCACUUCUAUGACCAUCGGGCACAGCAUCAGGAUGGACAUAGAUCCUGACGCCUUUGCUCCCCUAGUUAAUUUGACCAACCUGUACAUAGCUGGAGUGGUGAUGAAAGCAACCAAUCUGACCGCGGUGUUUUCCCCUCUGAAAAGGCUGAAGAAGCUCAGUCUUUACCAGGCAAACCUUGAUAGUCUCCCUGCAAGGCUUCUGCCCCCAGAUAACGUACUAGAGACUCUCAAAGUGCAGUCAAACCACAUCCACGAUGUGGACAAAUCAAUGCUGGAUGCUCUACCAAGACUGCGAAUACUGGACAUCACAGAAAACCCACUGAGCUGCACCUGUGACACCUCCUGGUUCAAGAACUGGGCCAUCAACAAUGUCCACACACAGGUUUCCUACCUGUACAGUCUGAAGUGUGACAAUGGCAAGAAAGCACCCUACCUGUGGCAGUUUGAUGACAAGGCCUGCUCCUAUGAACAGGCUUCAUUCGUCCUCUUCAUCACCUGCUCUGUGUUGAAUGUGUUGUUUGUAUGUGUGUGUUUGACCUGGCACACACAAGGCCCGACCCUGCGCUACCUGAUGCUCAUUAUUAAACGAAAACUUGGUGGACGUAGGGGGGCAUCGGGGCCCAAAUUUAAAUAUGAUGCAUUCAUUUCCUACAGCUCUAAGGAUGAGGCUUGGGUGAUGGGAGAACUGGUACCUAACCUAGAGAGGCCGGCCUGCGGUGCACCAAGUCUCAGACUGUGCCUCCACCACAGAGACUUCCGCCCCGGCACUGCAAUUCUGGAGAACAUCGAGGCGGCCAUCUACAACUCUCGGCACACCAUCUGCGUGGUCACGCGGCACUACCUGCAGAGUGAGUGGUGCUCUAUGGAGUUUCAGCUGGCCAGUCUGAGGCUCCUGUGUGACGGCAGCGACGUGCUGCUGCUGGUGUUCCUGGAGGAGAUCCCUCAACACUGUCUGUCUCCAUACACGCGCCUGCGCAAGAUUGUCCACAAAAAUACCUACCUGCUGUGGCCCGAGGAGCCACAAGAGCGGGGUGCUUUCUGGAUCAGGAUGAUCGAUGCUUUGAAAGACAAUGAGGAGGACGUGGGACCGGGAGGAGAGGGGGAGUUGGCUCGGCUAAUUGGCUAAAUCAAAUGCUAGCUGUUUGAUGUUUUCUUUUUUGUGAGAGUAGUUGGUAAGUAGUAAGAAAACAGCAAAUGCAAGAGUUCUAACUUUGGCUUGUGCAUUUAAUUUUUGCUUGUGGGUUUGGGCAUUUAUUUUUGAUUUUGAGUUCCACAGGGUAGCCUUUCAGACUCACUUGUAGUAUAUGUAUUAGUAUGAGUCCUUUUUUAUUAUUAUUAAAAAUAA